AAACUUAGUGCAUGCAUUAUGCUUCUAUAUCAUAAGUAAACAUAGAUAAGGCUGUUUAUGAAUUAUAGUAUAGUGUAUAUAAAUUUGUAUAGUACAAUUAAUUUCUUUCAGUUACUUUGUGAUAAUUCAUGAUAAAUCCAUUGAACAUAAUUUUAGUUUAACCAUGUUGCGGUCAGUAUGUUUCAAGAACUUUGUGAAAUUUAAAGAGUAUCAAGUGAUGGAUUUUUUUCGGGGAAAGGACCUUUCAUAUUUAUAGGUGAAAAUUGUACAGGUAAAAGCUCAGUUUUUGAAGGCAUUAGACGGUGUUUAAAGUUAGAGUACAGUACAUCAAUUUCUUCAGUUUUUGAUGAAAACUUUCCGUCUUAUUUCAUUUGCAAUUUUGAAACAGUAUUGUCAGGAAGUAAUGAAAAUAUUAUUUCUGGGAUUGUAAGACUUCCAUUGACAAAUCGAUGCAAGAACGAAAGUGAUGAAAUUAUGCUCACAGUGCAAAGCUCUGACGAAAAGUUGGAAAAUGAAGAUGUCCAAGAUGAUCAAAAAAGAAAACAAACUGAACCUGAUUUAAGUACUGACAUGGAAUCAACUAGUCAGCAAUUAAAACGACAAAGAACUUCAAGUGGAGAUAAUCCUCUAAAUAUUCCAGGACCCGCAGCAAAGAGAGAUGUUGAGCUGCAAAAGACAUCAUUUGGGGAAGAUGUGAAGGGAAGAAAUGAUUUAGAAAGUGCAAAUUACUAUAAAUUUGCCAUGAAGUGUUCCGAUGAACAGUCAAUAUUUAUCAACUCAGUUGAAGAAUCCGAAGAUAAGAAGAGACUAGAAGUUUUACAAUGUUAUAUUGAACAGGACACUGACAGUCUAAAAAAGCUUUUCGUCGACUCGAUUUUAAAACAAAAGUCGGACAGCAAAGAUGUAGACAAGUACAUAUACACAGAAUUUAGAAGUAUGGAAGAUCGACCAGUAGAAAGUAUCAAUGAAUUAGAGUCAAUAUUGAAUAUUUUAACGGAAGAAAUUGUGUUUACAUUCCCUUUACGUUCAAUUGGGCCUUUACAAUGGUCUAAAAGUAAACGCAUCGCUGGCGAAUUUCGAGACGACAAUUACAGAGAAGCAGAGACUAGAUGUGAAAUUAUGAAAUAUUUCUUAGAAGACAAAGGCGAAAUUUUCAACAAGGAAAAAGAGGAACACAUUUUUAAACAAUUAACUCAGAUUAAAGAUUACGACUUUAAACUGGGCAAGGAUGGCAAGAUCGAUUUACCAAAAGGUAAAUUUGCUCUUCUUAAAACGCCAGAAGGAAUCUUAGAGGCGAAGACAUUUUCUAUCCUGUUAUCAAGCAAGCAAUACAAGACUAUUUUGCUUGAGGAGCCUGACCGAGGAAUGCAUCCACAGCUCGUGGCCAGAAUGAUACAGAUAAUGAAUCAAGAAAAGGGCAACAAACGUGUUAUACUUACUACACACCAGAAAGAGUUUAUAUCACCUUGGACUGUUUCAGACACAUUCAUCUUUAGACGUUCUGAAACAAAGCAUCGUAUCAUAUCUGGCAAGCAGCUUUUAGGUGAAAAAAAGGAUGCCAGUAUGAAGGAUAUGAGAUUAGCAACAUCACAGCAUAUAUCGGAUAUUUUCUUUGCAAGGAAAGUUUUAUUUUAUGAAGGUGAAUCGGAGAAACUUUUUCUCGGAGAACUUAAACGUCAGAUUCUGACUAGUGAAUGUAGUAUCACUUCAAAGUUGUUCAAUGGAGAUGAAGAAGAAUGCAAAAAGUUGAAGAGCUGUAUGAUGGAAUAUACUUUUAUCAAAUUGAAUGGUGAAGGUCUAAGUGAAUUUUAUCAUGCAAUAUCUGACAAGCUUCAGUUAAAUCAUCUGUUCCUUUUGGACAAGGAUAAAAGUGAACAAGUGAAACAUGGACAAAUCUUUUAUUGGAAAGAUGGCGACCUUGAGAAAAUGGUGAUUGAAAUGUGUAAAGCCGACGAUAAACUUGCAAAAGAUCUUGUUCAACAGAAUGUGAUUACUUUUGAUAGUACUAAGCCUAAGGGAACUUUUGACAUCAAAAAACGCAAGGGCAAGGGCAAACUUUUCCUUGAUGAACGUAUUACAUGUAGUAAUAUUACAAUGAGCGUUAGACUUUUACUCGAACACUGCAAGCCAAAUGACGACCUUGCUGCAUUUAUCAAAAUGUAAAUGUAGUUACCUUUCUCAAUUGGACUGUUCAUAAGCCUAUAAAAUGUGAUUCCUGACCAAAAAAUGAAACCAAAAAGUAGAAGAUUAACCUUGUAGAAUUGAAUGGUUUAAAAAAGAUAACGAAAGGUGCAACCAUUCUUAAGCAUAACGAAUAGAUUGAAUAAAUCAAAUUGAGCUUGGAACAAAUUGUUGCAGUGUUAUACUGCACUAUUCGUACACGUACACACCAGAAAAUAACCUUGUAGAAUUGAAUGGUUUAAAAAAGAUAACGAAAGGUGCAACCAUUCUUAAGCAUAACGAAUAGAUUGAAUAAAUCAAAUUGAGCUUGGAACAAAUUGUUGCAGUGUUAUACUGCACUAUUCGUACACGUACACACCAGAAAUAGUUUAUUUAAAAGUAUUAGCCGAUCUCUAAAGUAUUCUGUUUUGAGUAUAUUUACCAUUGUUAUUUCUGUCUUGGUUUAAACAUAUGUAUUUUAGCGCGAUUGUGAAACAAGUUCUUGCAACUUAUACCAAUCACUUUCCAAUCCGCUUCCUGGAUCCAACCAAACUGGUGUCAUAUGAAGAAACAUGGUCGUGCCCGAAUAGGACUCGAACCCAUGAUCUCUGGGUAGAAAGGCAGACACAUUAACCACUAGGCCACCGCUCCCCUUAUUUUUGUCUUUAUUCCGGCUGUCUAAAGACUCCAUGUAGAUUCAAUCAAAGAUGUUAUAUUUCCUGUCCCUGAAGAUCGUUUUAUCACGACAUUAAUUCUUGUUGUAUUUGUGAUAUUUACGUUACAUUAAUUUAUUGUUUUUCUACUUUAUUGGACUGUGACAGCUAAAAUUAAACCAAAAAUGUUUGGUUAAAGUAAACAAAUCAAACAGAAUGAUAGACUGGCUAACUACCUUUCUGUAUUUGCUCCUUAAUUGUAAAAAGCAUAAAAACCAAUGAAUAAAUACAUGUAAAUACAAAAUAAAUAAAUAAAUAAAGGGAAGAUAAUUUAAAAACGAAAUAGAUCAUUAUAUACGCAUAAAAUGUUUCUUUUAUCAUAUUUUUCAGAACAUGCAAAGUUUUAAAUGAAUGCUUUUGACAAGUUUUCAACCAGCCAUUGUCUAUUAUAAAAAUUAUAUUAGUAACAUAUGCAAGUGAUGUAUUGUUACUGAUAAAAAGAUCUGAUAUUCAUAACCUAUUUAAAAUAAUUACUUACUAGCUGCACUGUAUCAUCAUCAAUUUUUUUUUGAGUAUUGGUCCAAAAUUACUUAAUCGGUGAGGUCGAGAGGUUGACUCUUCGGAAUAGUUAUCUUAAAGAUAACUGGCUGCGUGGGUUCAAUCCACGUCAGCAGGUUGUUUCCUUGAGCAAGAAACUUUAAACUUAUUGCAUAGUACUGGUUAGUUCCAGGAACGGAUUUGAAAGUGUUUCUAUAAGCUGAUAGCUUCCGAAACAAAUCGAACUAAAAUAAAUUCUGCAAUCCGAACGUCCUCGGCUGUUAUCUAUAAUAACCUCGGAAAUAAUACGGAGUGAACGUGGUUUCAGGAGAGAGUGUAAUAACGAAUGUACAUAAUUGACAUCCAAAAAAAAAGUUAGUCUGUUUCGGUACAAUUAUGAUUGAAAAUAUGUCUGACAACCAUUUUUAGUUUAAAUAUGCCAAGUGAUGUACAAUUUAAAACAAAUCCGACUAAUUGUCAACAGGUUGACAUUUUGUACUUUCGCUUUCUACAACCAUUAUAAUACAUAUACACAUAAUGUAUUUGUUUGCUUCUGUAUCUAUAAAUUCACUUAUUUAGGUGGGCAAUUACUUAAUAUAUUGGAAAUAAACUUGUCAACAUC